CUCCAACACCUUUCAUAAACAACACAUUUUCUUCUCUCUCUAAACACCCUCAUUCUCUCUUGUUUCUCUCUCUAAGUAGUUACAAUGAAUGGAAGCUCCACAGAUGAUCAAAGCACAACUACUGAUACAACCUCGACAGUUGCGGCCCCGGUGACGAUGACACCACCAAUCGGAAGCGCUGGAAGCGUGGUUCUCGACCAAGAAGCCGGUUUAGAAGCCGAGUCAAGGUCUAAGUUGCCUUCAUCAAGGUACAAAGGUGUUGUCCCACAGCCUAAUGGUCGUUGGGGAGCUCAGAUUUACGAGAAACACCAGCGCGUGUGGCUCGGGACGUUUAACGAAGAACACGAAGCUGCGAAAGCAUAUGAUACGGCCGUGCAAAGGUUCCGUGGCCGUGAUGCGGUCACCAACCUCAAACCGCUUCCUGCGGACAGCGAAGAAGCGAGUUUCGAAUUGAGUUUCUUGAAUUCUCAUUCUAAAUCUGAGAUUGUUGAUAUGUUGAGGAAACACACAUACAAUGACGAGCUAGAGCAAAGUAGAAGAAACAACAGCUUACAGAAAAACCCUUUCAAAACCGGGUUUGGAUCGGGUCACAAGUUGGUCAACGCUCGUGAACAAUUGUUCGAAAAGGCGGUUACCCCUAGCGACGUCGGAAAGCUGAACCGGCUUGUGAUACCGAAGCAACAUGCCGAGAAGCACUUCCCUUUGCAAAUUGGAAACACUUCAAAAGGAGUUCUUUUGCAUUUUGAAGAUAUUGGGAUGAAAGUUUGGAGAUUUCGUUAUUCAUAUUGGAAUAGUAGUCAAAGCUAUGUUUUAACCAAAGGUUGGAGCCGGUUUGUCAAGGAAAAGAAUUUAAAAGCCGGUGACAUUGUUAGUUUUCAAAGAUCUACCGGUCCAGACAAGCAGCUUUACAUCGAUUGGAAGACGAAAAACGAGUCAGGUAACGCGAAUCCACAACCGAUCCAACCGGUUCAACCAGUACAGAUGUUUAGGUUGUUUGGAGUUGACAUAUUCCGCGGUGAUGAUAAUAGUAGUAGUACUAAUAAUAAUAAUAAUAAUGCCCGUCUUGAUAACAUUUGCAAUGGGAAGAGAAAUAACAUGGAUAUGUUGUUGGGGAUAGGGAAUUGUAAGAAACAAAGAAUUAUCCACCCUUUGUAACAAUUUCUCUUUCUUUGGGGUAUGUUUGAUAAUAUUUUGGAUUACUUUUUUUCUUCUAGAGAUGAUGAUGAUGAUGAUGGGGCUGGAAAGUGGUGGGAAUGGAAUAGAGGAGAUGCAAGUUGCAAAAGUUUGUAUAUUGAAUUUUAGAAAUUCAACGAUAAUUGAGCUAAAGAAAGCUCAUUGUAGGGAUCAUGUUGAACAGUUGUAAAAAAAUUGAAAAAGAAUAACAAAAAUAGAAACUUUUUUUCCCUAAA